CUUUGCUUUUGGACAUUACAAAUAUAAUUAAUUGCAUAUUAAGGUCAAAUAACAUUCUAAAAUACUAGUUUUUUUAGGUAGCCAUACCUGUUUACAUUUAAUUUGAGAAGUGCAUUACAUAUAAAGUGAAACAUUUUAAAAUGUCGCAUAAGUCUUGCGUGGAACUAAGCGAAAUUCGAAAACUGGAUAAAAUUGUGCAGCAAUGCGAACUGUACAUGUCCAAUAAUAAUAUAGAUGAAACAACUAAGAAACCAUCUUUAACAGAAUUCAAACGGAACUGCAUUGCUAAACCCACUCAAUUUGUGGAGAGGGAACUCUUUUCACUUAUGUGCAACCUUAAUAAGAUAGAAAAGAAACAGGUUUUUGUUUCAGAUAUUUUGAUAAACGCCAGUAUGUUCGACGACAAAAAGGAGAGUUUAAUAAGAUUUCCAAAAAGUGUACCCGAUCACAGCAAUCUUAUCUAUCACAAAUUCAUUCAGACUAGGCUUAUAAAAAGUAAUGUUAUAUCACAACUAAAAAUUAAUUUAAAGGCGAAAGAAAAACAAAGUUAUAGUUCUGGAGAUUGUUUUUUUUCACCUCCAACACUAAAAAUAAAAAAUACAACAGAAUGUUCCAAGAAAUGUAGAGUCUUAAAAGGGGAAAAUCAAGUCGAUUCGAAUAAUAUCUCAAAAGAGUUCAAAUCAAGCCAACACAAAAAGAAUAAUAGUAGCAAAAUGUCAAACAAAUGCAUUAAAUGUGAUAAAAAAAAGCUAUACAUUAAGAACUAUCAGACAGUUUUAAGGAAAGAUUGCGAUUUACUUUGCUCGUAUGAUCCAUCACGAAAACAUAAUAGCAUUUUCCAAACGCAUAAAGAAAAUUCUUACGAAUGCAUGUUUAAGAACUUAAAAUACAAUGAAAUUGAAAAGCCGGCCGCAAAAGUAUUAGGUAGUUCGUAUGACGAUAUGCUGGACAAUGAAGCACUGCUCGGAUCGAGGAGUGAACCAAAAAUGCAAGAUCCAAACGAAGUGAUUGCUUCUCUGGGAGGAAACAUACUUCUAGACCAAAAAUUACAAAACAACUACUAUCAUAAGUGGACACUAUUACACUACUCGCCUUUUAAAGCUGUGUGGGAUUGGGUGAUAUUAAUUCUGGUGAUGUACACGGCAAUUUUUACCCCGUAUGUGGCGGCAUUUUUGCUUGGAGAGCAGGAUUACCAGAGAAGAAAUAAUAAAUACAUUAACUCUGACCCAAUUGUUAUAAUUGAUUUAAUUGUUGAUGUUACUUUCAUCAUCGAUAUCUUGAUUAACUUUCGGACCACCUUUGUCAACGCACAGGAUGAAGUGGUUUCCCAUCCUGGACGCAUAGCUGUUCACUACUUGAGCGGUUGGUUUUUAAUCGAUCUGGUGGCAGCGGUUCCGUUCGACUUGCUACUAGUUGGUAGUGAUACUGAUGAGACAACAACAUUAAUAGGGCUCUUAAAAACAGCGCGUCUUUUAAGACUAGUUCGAGUGGCCCGAAAAAUAGAUCGUUAUUCGGAAUAUGGAGCUGCAGUUCUUAUUUUACUGAUGGCUACCUUUAUUUUGAUUGCCCAUUGGUUGGCAUGCAUAUGGUAUGCAAUUGGAAAUGCCGAAAAAUCUAUAACCGCGAAAAACAUCGGUUGGCUAAAUUCAUUGGCCUAUGAUAUUCAAGAACCCUAUUUUGAUAACCGAACUGGUGGACCCUCUAUAAAGUCGAGGUAUAUCACAGCCUUAUAUUUUACAUUUACCUCGCUGACGUCCGUCGGGUUCGGGAAUGUUGCACCGAAUACUGAUGCUGAAAAAGCUUUUACUAUUUGUGUAAUGCUAGUUGGAUCUCUUAUGUAUGCAAGUAUUUUUGGAAAUGUAUCGGCAAUAAUUCAAAGGCUUUAUUCUGGAACGGCAAGAUAUCAUACUCAAAUGUUACGUGUUCGGGAGUUUAUUCGAUUUCACCAGAUACCAAAUCCUCUAAGGCAAAGAUUAGAAGAAUAUUUCCAACACGCAUGGACCUAUACAAAUGGGAUAGAUAUGAGCUCGUUGCUUAAAGGUUUUCCCGAGUGCCUACAAGCAGACAUUUGCCUGCAUUUGAACAGAAAAUUACUGACAACGUGUGCCGCUUUUUCGGAAGCAAGUCCUGGUUGCCUAAGAGCUUUCUCCCUUAAAUUUAAAACUACCCAUGCGCCGCCUGGUGAUAUUUUAGUUCAUAGAGGAGAUGUCCUUACCUCAUUAUUUUUUAUAGCCAGAGGCUCCAUAGAAAUUCAAAAAGCUGGCAAUAUGAUUGUUGUAUUGGGUAAAAACGACAUUUUCGGUGAAAAUCCGUGUAUAUAUCCAACGCUCGGAAAAUCAAACGGAGUAGUAAGAGCACUGACAUAUUGCGAUAUCCAUAAGUUGCACAGAGACGAUUUGCUGGACGUACUCGAUGCUUAUCCAGAAUUUUUAGAAAGCUUCGUCAACAACUUGGUUAUUACAUAUAACAUGAGAGAUGACGCACAUUGUGGUGUUGAUAUCAAGCAUCGCUACUUAAGAGCAAAGACUUCCGAUAAAAUGAGAAGCUCUCCUGAUAUACCCUCUAUAAGAAUAGUUGGACUGCGGUAUAAAAAACACAAUGUUAAUACUUCCGUGCAUAAAAUUAAGAAUAACUCUCGUGAUCUUAAUAUUUUUAUUGAAAAUGAAAUCGCAAACUAUCAUUUAGAUUUGUUUGAAAAUAAUAGUUAACCGCAAACAGCACAAUUGUAAAUAAAAAAAAAAUAAAAAAUUCGAA